AAAAGGCGGGAAAAUCACUAGGGCACCAUAGCGCAUUUCCAGCGAGUGGUGAGUUCGUACAGAUUCUUCUGAAAUGGCGAAGGAGGGAGAUGACUUCGAAGAAGAAGAAGAGUUUGGAUUCUCAAGGAACUACUUUAUUUCAAAGGAAUUGGGCUCUUCUCGUAAAAAAUCUGCUCGUAAACUCUCCGACAUCAAUCUCGUUGAUGAAGAGGAAUUGAGGGAAGCUGCUGCCAACAUUGAGCCUAAACAUGAGAAAGAAAUUGAGGAUUUGAUGAAGUCUUAUAGGAGUUCAUAUUCAGAAUGGAAAUUUGUCUUAAGGUGUGGUUUUGGUCUCCUGAUGCAUGGUUUUGGAUCAAAGAAAGCCUUGAUUGAAGAUUUUGCUUCGAGCACUUUGACAGAGUACUCUGUUGUCGUGAUUAAUGGCUAUCUUCCCUCUAUCAAUCUUAAACAAGUUGUGAUAACCUUAGCUGAGCUUUUAUGGGAUCAACUGAAAACAUUACAAAAGACGACUUCAGGUAGUCAGUCUAAAAAUCAACAACCUUUCAACACCCGAUCAGUGGACAAUCUUCUUGGAUUUCUACAUGAGCCACAUGUUGAUGUAAAUGAUGAGGAGUGCUUUGUUUGCAUUGUUGUUCACAAUAUUGAUGGACCUGGGCUGCGCGAGCCAGAUAAUCAACAGUGUUUUGCAAGAAUUGCAUCUUGUUCACAUGUUCGUAUGGUUGCUUCAAUUGAUAAUAUCAAUGCUCCUCUUUUAUGGGACAAGAAGAUGGUUCAUACACAGUUCAACUGGUACUGGUUACAUGUUCCCACCUUUGCACCGUACAAGGUUGAAGGAAUGUUUUUCCCUCUAAUUCUUGCACAUGGCGGUAGCGCUCAGAGUGUGAAGACAGCUUCACUAGUCCUCCAGAGUUUGACACCUAAUGCUCAAAAUGUAUUUAAAGUUCUCGCAGAGCAUCAGUUGGCCCAUCCUGAUGAUGAAGGAAUGCCAACCAAUAACUUGUACACAAUCUGCCGAGAGCGCUUUCUUGUUAGUAGCCAACUUACCUUGAAUUCACAUUUGACAGAAUUCAAGGACCAUGAGUUGGUUAAGAGCAAGAGGAGAUCUGAUGGCCAAGAUUGCUUGUACAUUCCUCUCGCGAACGACGCAAUUGAAAAACUAAUAGCAGAGAUCAGCCAAUAGGUAACCAACAACGGAUAUUGUCCGGCAUGGCAUCUGUGCUGAUCAAUUCACCUAAUCUACGCAUCAUCAUCGAAGCCGGAACUGGUAACUCUUCUGACAAUGCCCAUUCCCCUCAACUGUUCUUUUGCUCAUUAGUAGUAUAUCUGUAUAUCAACUGUUUACCAACAACGGAUCUUAGCAGAUUUUUGAUAUACCGAUAUCCGUCAAAUCAAGAUCAUUAAUUAUUAAUUAAUGUUUUAUGUCAUUUGUAAUUUUGUUAAACCAUAAAUGUUUGUUAACACAUUCACACUUUUAUUUUA